GAAGACAACACCAGAAAUGAAUAUCACGGGCAUACGACCAAUAACUAAUACACGAGCCACUUCCAUGCUACGACCGAUGACACCGAUUGGAUGUUGCUAUCGUCGACAUUGUAUUAGUAUGGUGACUGUGGUUCUUUUUGUGCCAUUUUCGGUGUGUGUUUUAAGCGUCACUGCGGCCAUUGUGAUCGACGGCAAGAAAAACGGAUCUUCGGGGGACAUGCCAGAGGAAAACUUGACCGGAUUACUGUAUUCUUCAAACGAUGCCGCCGUCGACACUCAAUACACCUCUUGUAAGGUCAUCACAGACCACAUAGUGGCCACGGCCGAGGGGAAAUUUUCCAGGUUUUGCCACGGCAUCUGCAACGUCAACGAAACUAACGCCAGGCUGGACAAAAUUGAAUCUUUGUUAACAGUCGAAGCUGUCAACAUCAAACAACGUUUAUUACACAUAGAAAGCGUUUUAUCCGGAGCCAAUCCACAACACUCUAUGCCCGGCAAGUCGACGACAACAGACACGGGGACAGCGGGACAACAACGCAGGAGACAGCCCGAAGUCGACGAGUACAACGGGACGGUGUUGGCGUACGGACAACAGCAUCGGCAGACGUUCACGUACUAUUGGCGGCUGGACCGGUUCUGGCGAACGGUGUUCGUCGACGGCACGGCGCGCAGUCCACAGUUUUACGUUUCGCCGCGCGGCUAUCGCGUGCGACUGGUCGUCGAGUCUGAUCUGACGGCACGCGCGCUCCGGCUGGCCGCCGCGGUGGUGCCAGGCGAUUACGACGCCGGCUUGCGGUGGCCGAUGGCCCGCCGAUUCCUGUUGGCCGUUCUCGACCAGACCGACUCCGGGCCCGCGGACAUCGUGUCCCGUGUUUGGGACGAAACCGACGUCCGGUGCCAGCCGCACGCCGACGCAGACGCCGUAUGCGCGUCCAUGGAGUUCCGGCACGACGUGCUUACCGGUCGCCGGUACAUCGCCGACGAUGCACUAUUGGUCAAGCUUACCGUUUUCUAGUAUUAAUGUAUUCGCUGAUAGUAUAGAUAUACCGUUGGUUAGGUCAAUUAUCUAACCAGGCCAUUAGAAG